GGGAAGACACCAUCAUCUCCUGCCCUGAAAAGGAGCCUGUUUCGCCUUCCGUGGUUCUUUCCCCGUUAGCAUUGGGCUACGACCCUUCGCGCGCAGCUUUGAGUCUGUCUGCUCUUCCACUCACUCCCCAGGCGUUCGUUGUUUGCUUCUUAUGUUGUACGCUUUCGUUGAAUAGCUCAAUUGUUUAAUACCGUAAUAUCGCACGUCUUUCUCCCGUCAUGCGACUCUCCUCAUCUUUGACGGCUGUUGUGGCCGCUGCAGCUUCCCUCGUGAACGCUGCGCCAGCGAACGAGAUCGAAAAGAGACGUGUCGCAUACAACUGGGGUACCACAAAGGUGCGGGGUGUCAAUAUUGGAGGAUGGCUUGUUCUCGAGCCGUUCAUCACGCCAUCUAUCUUCACCAAAUAUAGUACGAGUACGUUUACGCCUGUCGAUGAGUGGACACUCUGCCAGAAGCUUGGCAAACAAGGGUGUUACAACGCGCUGAAGCCGCAUUGGGAUAGCUUUGUCAAGCUCUCGGAUUUCCAGAAGAUCAAGAACGCGGGAUUCAACGUCAUCCGGAUUCCUAUUGGAUAUUGGGCAUAUCUGGAUGCCGGCGGUCCGUACACGUUCGGAGCGGCACCGUAUUUGGACAAAGCCAUUGGGUGGGCGCGACAAGUUGACUUAAAGGUCAUCAUCGAUCUCCAUGGAGCGCCGAAGUCGCAGAACGGCUUCGACCACAGUGGCCACAAACUCCCAAGCCCGCAAUGGGGCCAAGGCGACAGCAUUCCACAGACGCACAAGGUGCUCAAGAUGAUGGAGGACAAGUACGCCAUCAAAUCCAUGCAGGACGUUGUCAUCGCGAUCGAGGUGCUCAACGAACCAUUCCUCUCCAUGCUCGACUCGAACAUGGUCAAGCAAUUCUACCGCGACAGCUACUACAACCUGCGCAAGAUCAGCGAUACGCCCUUGAUGAUACACGACGGGUUCUGGGACCCUGCAUGGCUCAACGGUUUCCUGACGCCUUCGGACAACAAUGCUCAAUUUGUCAUCGUCGAUCAUCACGAAUACCAGAUCUUCGACUCGAAUCUGGUGGCUAUGUCGCCAACGCAGCACAGAACCCAAGUUUGCAAUUCGGUAAAUGGGUACGCGAACUCGGAUAAGUGGACUAUGGUUGGCGAGUGGUCAGGCGCCAUGACGGACUGCGCACCGCAUUUGAACGGGUUCAAAUCGGGUAACCGGUACGAGGGUACGUGGUCGGGCAGCUGGCGCAUUGGGUCCUGCGCUGGGAAGAGCGGGAAGGUGAAUACAUGGAGUCAAGCUUGGAAGGAUGAUGUCCGCCGAUAUAUCGAAACACAGCUAGAUGCCUUUGAAGCGAAGACGGACGGCUGGACUUUUUGGAACUUCAAAACUGAGGGCUCUGCUGGCGAGUGGGAUCUGUUCCAGCUGCUGGAUAAUGGCGUCUUCCCCCAGCCGCUCAACAACCGAAAGUUUGGGAAGUAUUGCAAGAACUUUUAGGCGGCGAGAGAUGG